AUGAAGGCGUCGCUGUCGGCGGCCCUCGGGCUGCUGCUCAUGCCGGCCGUCCUGGCCCAGAGCGUCUCCUUCUCCGAAACCUCGGAGCUCAGCUUCUACACCGGCACGAGAACGGAGAGGAUAACGCGGGAGACGGGCCCCCCGACGGGCCCGUACACGACGUACAGAUCCAAAAUCACCCUCACCGGCGCAAACACCACGGCGUCGGCCACAACGACGUCAUCGGGCACCAUGACGACGGGGUCCAACUUCACGACGACGACGGGCACGACCUCGCAGCCGCCCAAGAACACGCAGCCGUGCAACAACUACGUCGAGUUCUGCACGCGCAAGUACAGCAACAUCUCGUUCGUGGCGGCGCACAACUCGCCGUUCGUGCGGCCGGGCAACUCGGGCUCCAACCAGGCGCUGCCGGUCGAGAUGCAGCUCGACGACGGCAUCCGGCUCGUGCAGGGGCAGAUUCAGUGGCCGGCCAACGGCACGGUGCCUCACUUCUGCCACACGUCGUGCGACCUGCUCGACGCGGGGCCCAUCGCCGACUGGCUGACGCGCGUGCGCAAAUGGGUCGACGGCCACCCCUACGACGUCGUCACCAUCCUGCUCGGCAACGGCAACUACUCGACGCCCGACCUGUACGCGCCCUACAUCGAGCAGUCGGGCCUCCUCAAGUACGCCUACGAGGCGCCCUACCUGCCCAUGGCGCUCGACGACUGGCCCACGCUCGAGCAGCUCAUCCUGCGCGGCAAGCGCGUCAUCAUGUUCAUGGACUACAUGGCCGACCAGAAGAAGUACCCCUGGCUGCUCGACGAGUUCUCGCAGGUCUGGGAGACGCCGUUCGACCCGCAGGACCCCAAGUUCCCCUGCACGGUGCAGCGCCCGCCCGACCUGAGCACCGAGGCGGCCAAGGACCGCCUGUACCUGAUGAAUCACAACCUCAACGUCGAGUUCAACGUCUUUGGCGCGCAGAUCCUCGUGCCCAACGUCGCCCUCAUCAACGACACCAACGCCGCCAACGGCUCCGGCAGCCUGGGCCUGGCCGCCAACAACUGCCGCUCCGACUGGGGCCGCGCCCCCAACUUCCUCAACGUCGACUACUACAACUACGGGAAGCCGCCCGGGUCCGUGUUCGAGGCCGCGGCGCGCGUCAACAACGUCACGUACAACCGGCCCUGCUGCGGGCAGGUGUCGCUGGCCGCGUCGACGCUAGAACGCGGCGUGUGGUUGGCGAUGCUGGCGUCGGCGCUGGCCGCGGCGAUGCUCCUGUGA